AAUUCCAAAAUGUCACGUAUUUGUGUGUUGUUGUUGUGUUUAGCUGUGCUCUGUUCUGCUCAAAAGAAAAAGAACAAGGGAAAGAAGAAAAACAAUGCAGCUACCGACGAAGACACGCCUGCUGAAGUGAGAUUUGAAGAAGAUUCUUCUCCUGACAGCGACGAGGAAGGCAACUUUAGAGCAGAAUUACCAAAAUGGAGUGUUGCGGAGGAUCGGGAGAAGCUGACGGAAACAGAGGACCUACUUUCAACAGAAUACAUGAGGGACCGUGUGGAUAGGGGUGUACUGGAUGGCUUCCCAAGUGCUGCUAACAUAGACAGCUACAAAACUACCUGACUCUUCCUCGACUUGGAGGUGGGGAUGAAGAGUGAUGAAACGGGGGUGGACGAAGACAACCGUUUCUUAAGACUAGGUGGACAUGUGGAUAUUUAUUACGAGAAACAGGACCGGAGUGCUGAGGAACCUAUGAUCCUCGACUCGUGGGGUCUGGAAAUAAAGCAAGUUCGCGUCUCGUACGAUGGGAGUGAAUCGUUUUCAGUGAUUAAGUACGUAGAUCAUAAUCUAAAUCAAGUAAACGCAAGUGCAAGGCUGGAACUCAACGUAGACUCUAACGAAGACGAGGGUAUCUUGAGGAUAGAAUACUCCGCCACAAACUCUACCUCCCUCCGGUACUCCGCUCUGGAGUACACACCUUUCUCUGAAGACGGCCCAGUGCUUGCGGUAUUGAACAGACCGGGCAUGGCUAGAACAUGGUUACCGUGUCAGGAUACCCUCCGUGUCAAGACUCCAGUGGAAAUGAAGAUAUCUGUUCCCCAUCCCUACACGGCGUUGACCUCCGGUAUCGAUGUGUCCAAGCGUACUGAAAGUUUGUCUGAUGAUUUCCAUUAUGAGUCGUUCCAACCGAUGCCAGUAGCAGCCGAGCAGCUGACCCUGAUAGUGGGGAGGUUUGAGCGGUGGGAAGUGAGCGAGCGGAUAUCCGUCUGGACGGAGACGAACAGAAGGGAGCAGAUUAGAGGCGGAUUCCUGAGCGAGGCAGACUCAAUACUGAAGAUAUGUGAGAGUAUGGUAGGACCGUUCGUGUGGGAGCAUCUCAACAUUGUGGUGGUUCCUGACAAACUGGGAUACAAGGGUGAGAUGCUAGGACCCAACACCAUCUACCUGCCGGUAUCCAUGUUCCAAAGCUCCUCCUCUCCGAUCGAGGACGACUCCCUGAGGGUUCAGGAGCUCACCAGACAGAUGAUGUACAGCUGGUUUGGGAACCUGGUUACUGCUCCUGCUUUACGGAUUUCUAGGAUUGAGGAUCCAGAUCGUCCAUCCGUCCAUCGUGAAGUGAAUAUUGGAGAAAGAAACAUGUUGCGAGGAAUAGCAGACUACCUGUCCUUCCACGCUACGGCUCAGUUCAUGGACAAUGACAGGCACCUGGCAGACUUCUUCUUUAAACGCUCCAAUGAGGAGGAAGAUGUGUCAUCUGAGAAAAUAGCAGACUUCAGUAUUGUCAUGAGAAAGCUUGAAGACCUUGUGGGAGGUAAAGAAACCAUUACCAAGUUCCUGAGAAUAAUUGUUCUGUUCAGUGUUGCUGAUGACUUCUCUUCUGAGCAGUUCUGGAACCUUCUUCAAACCUUAUUCCCGGACAAUGAGAUUGAUGAGCAAGCUCUUUCAAGACCGGGUUUGGUCCUUCGUAAUCGUAAUAGAUAUUUUGAUGAAUGCAGCGUCGUUUUACUCGCAUGGGAUCCACUUCCAGUGGAGGAGGAACCUGUGGUGAAAGCAGGACAGCUCAAAGAGCUUAACUAUGCACAGGUAGCAUACAUGCUAGAAAGUGGGGUAUCUGACAGAUUACCAAUCGCAACAGUCAAGAAGAUUACUAGCGUUUUGAAGAAAAUGGGGAUCUACCAAGACCCAAAUAUGUUCUACAGAUGGGCCUUGACGGCAAUAAAACUUGGAGAUAGGAGCAUUGAGGACGACGCUCGGGAUUACAUCGAGACAAACAUGCGGAACCCUGGAGCUAGAGCUCUCUUUUCUCUUUUGAGUGAGAGGGCCGAGGAUGGUGCAGAUCGAAAGAAACUGAAAAACAUCCAGAAAAUGUUCGAAGAGGAAAGUUAUGUGCCAUGGAAUUAGGGAUAUUAAACAUGUCGUAAAUGUAGAUGACUUGUUGUUCGGAAAACGUCUUGACUAGGGCGAAUAUUUUAUAACAUAUGAUAAGCCAGAUCGAACUUAUCUUAAUUAUUAUAAUUAUAUAAUUAUGAUUAUAUGUUACCUAUUCAUUAUUAUGACAUGUACCCUGUGCAUGUUAAAUUAUGCAGACAGUAUAACUAUAAAGUUGUAACUGUUUCAUAUUAUGGCUAUGAGAGACUUAUUUUAAUUUAGUUACUGUUAGUGGCCCCAUUAAAUUAUUCUUGCUAACUUUUCGUUCCAUAAACAUUGAAGAAAUUGUGAAUUUAUAAUUGUUUUAAGAAACGUUUGUUAGAGAAUG